AUGGAGCCAGUGAAGAGGAGCAACCGCCUGCAGGAGAAGCGCGAGAAGAAGCAAGCGGAGGAAAUCCGCCAACAGCGCGCUGAGGAGGCCAAGCGUGUGGCCCAAGAGAACGCUGAGCGUGAAGCGGCCAUAGCGGAGGUCGAGCAGAACAGGCGCGCCCGCGCUGCGGCUCGAAGGUCUUACGUUGCUGGGUACCGCAGGCAGCGGACUAACAUAUUCGAGAACACCCUCAACAACCCGGUCUACCACAUGGGUAAGCCAUACCACGCCACUGCGCGCGAGGGGCGCUCUGGCAUGAUUCUCGCGAGGAACUGGACCCCUGAGGAUCUGGAGGAGUACAAUUAUCAGGUCCAGCGCGCCCUCGAGGGCGGCUCCAAGCUGCAGUCGGCCGAGGUUUAUGAGGGCGCUUUCACCCUGCGCAAGAUGUCCGCCGGGGGCAAUCCCCACCGUUCUGCUCCUGUCUUUGGUCGCAAGGACCACAUCGUUGACACUGUCCGUGCCAACGGAGAGGAGAGAACCCCGGACUCGGCUGGCGAAGUGAGCUCGGAUGACCUUGACGGAGAUACGACGGAGCUGGAGGACUCGGACCUUGAGGAGGUCUCAGAUGAGAGCGCUUCUUUGGCCGGUGAUGCUGAUCCUCAACCCAUCCAAGGCGAGCACACUGCCGCCAGAGAUGUGAGUGAGCCCAUGUGCACAUAUGACCAGUACUGCGUUUGUCUCGAUUGCACUCUGCAAGUCCAUGCCUGCGGCAGUGCUGGCGCAUAUGUUCGUUCGGAUCGCCAUGGGGAGAGCACGGCAGUCAAGCGCGCUCGUGAUGAGGAAGGAGAAGGGAUCCCCUUAAAGGUGCGCAGAAUCGACAGCGGCACCACCGUAGCCGAGCCCUCUGAAAGCGGGACUCCCACCGCCGAGCCUCCUGAAAGCGAGACUCUUCCCACCGCCGAAGCCCCAUCGCCAUUCAUCCCCGCGCGAGCUCGUCCCUUCCAAGCCACUGAUGGAUACCAUGGGAUGCGACGAGCGUCGUCGACCGGUGGGGAUGCACUGUUGCGCGGUGAGGAUCGCUUGCGCAGCCAGCGCUUCACCCCUCCGCAGGCAGCCUCACCGACGAGGCCUUAUCCAGACCUGAUGUGGGCCCUUGGUAACUUGCAAGGUGAGGCCUGGUAUCGAGCCUAUAUGUUUGCGGUCCGUGGGCGCGAGCCACGCGGUGUGCGUGAAGAGGUGGAGGAUCAGAUCAACGCCGAGAUAGCGGGAGAGGCGCAGUUUCACCGCGAGAACAGGCUGCGUUUCAGGUGA